AUCAAAUUCUUCACACAAAAUUAAGCGGAGCUAAAACUUUGGAAUCGAAAUCGUCAACAAAAAUUCGAGUAAAUGGCUGGAAAUCAAGGUAAAGGAAAAGGGUUUUUUAGAGGUUUAUUAAGCGGCAAUAGAUCUAGGCCUACUUUACUGAGAGGUGAUCCCCAUGAGAGGGGGGUUACGGGAUCUGCAAGGCGAGCAAGGCAAGAACAAGCGGCCAUACAUAGUCAGGCCCAACGUUCAAGUACCCUAGAGCAAGUGCGUAGUCACUUUGAGCGCCAAAGUAGCCUACAUAGUCAUACGGUCGGCUCAGGUGACGAUGAUACUGAUUACGACGAGUCUCUUAGUCGGGAAGAGUCUCUUGGUCAGGAUGAGUCUGCAUGUCAUCCUGUUGAUUGGACGAUCGUAAGAGGCCAUGCUGUUAAGUUCAAGAGUAGAGGGCAGGGCUCGAGUGGCACUUCUGAUCAGGCAGGAGUAAGCCAGGCUGAGGAUGCGGCUCCACGGGGGAGGAGGCGAUCGCAGUCCGCGGACACGGACUGGUUAAUCACAUCAGCCCAGCCCGGGGGCCCUGUUGAUACUACUUUAAUACCCAGCUACGGUGGGCACGUAGCAAAGGCUAUAUUUGAGGGAUCGGAGCGCACCCCUCCGAUUUUGGAAUGUCGUGCUCGGAAGAAAACGUUGGAUUCAAUCAUUAGACUUCAGGAAAUGUCUGAUGAAUUGUACAGAGUGUUACCCGGUACUCCCCUUGGUCGGCUGCCGUAUAUAAUGCACCAGCACAUCGACAGUGCUCUCAUUACGGCAUUUGUGGAAAGGUGGCAGCCUGACACCAACACCUUCCACAUGCCGUGGGGGGAGAUGACCAUAAUGUUGCACGACGUGCAACGCAUCUUGGGAAUUGGCAUUGACGGUUCACUUCCCGUGCAACCGUCUGAUAAUGAAUGGCAGCUUGGCCUGGCCGGCCUUUUUGGUAUGCCAUUGUCGGAGCUGCGUGCGAAGGGGCACUUCACAAGCGGCAGCAUUAAUGUUGGUGCACUGUUGCAGCUAUGCCACCGUUCUCAGUCUAUGGAUACUCAACGUACCGCCUACUACAUGGCUAUAGUAGGUUCCACGUUGCUCGUGGAUAAGACUAGAGUCGGGAUGCGUCCUCACCCUGUUGUUACUGUUACCGCUGAUGAGGCUGAUAUUGCUUGGGGUGCAGUGACGCUUGCUCACAUGUAUCGCCAACUGGGUAUGGCGACAAGGACUGGGUGCAAGACUAUUGCUGGUUGCCUGACACUGUUGCAGACAUGGAUUUACGAGUACUUCCCAGCCUUCCGCCCCCAUCCGCGUCAAGCUGACAUGCCGAACAAGACAAGGGCAGAGAUGUGGUCCCCGUCGAAGCCAAUCCGCGAGCUGAGCAGACUGAUAGACUGUAGGAGCAUACUGGAUGCCAUGACAGAGGCACAGGUUUUGUACAUGACUUCAAACUUAAUUGUUUAACUUGUC